AUGGAGAUGGGUGUCCAUCUCUGUUGGAAGCUUACCAUCAUCGAGAUUAUGUUCAUUAGAGGUGCAUCACGUGCUAUUCCAAGCGUUAGACAAUUCUCUAGCUCAGCGGUUGCAGGCAAGGACUUGGUACAAGAAUUGUACAUGUCACAGCUCAAGUCAUACAAAGCACCAGCUCAGCCAGCAGAUGCGCACGUUGGACACGUAAAAGCGUUCAAGCAGCCAGCAGCACCAUCUGCACCAUCUGCACCUUCAGAUUUGGCAGGUGAAUUAAGCACAUACGAAUCAGCUCAACCUUCAUUCACCCAACAAACUCAAGCCACCGGAGAAGCACCAAAGGCGGAGGAGAGUGCAGAUGAAUUCCUCAGCUUACUUGAGGCUGACUUGCCAAAGCCAGAGGUCCACCACUAG